AUGUCUGCAGCAAGAAGGAAACUACAGGAGGCUUUGUGCCAAUACAGCACAGAUACUCUUGCCAACAUUAACACAGUGAGUGGAUUCUGUAAGGGGAUCUCGUCAUGGAUGAAUGCAAGGGAGAAUGAGUUGCGCCAGCUAAAGGAAAUCAAAGACAAACUUGACCAGAUCUUAAACCCUGAUACCAAGAGCAAACGUAAGGCUCUGAAGACAUUUUUGAAGGGCAUGGUGGCUGCAGACAAUAGUUCUGAAGAGCUGGAGACAGAGCUGGCUGCUGUGCUUGCAGACACUCUGGAAGGUCUGAAGAAGCUCGACCGCUUCCUGGAGGCAGUGGAGAAGCUGGCGGUCACAUCACUUCAUGUGUUCAUGGAGGGGAACCAGGUGUUACACCUGCCCAAAGGAAUCAGCCUUGAACGUGUUCAGGUUGUCAUCAUUGCUGCACAAAUAAUCUGCCCUCUCCUCCUCAAGUUCAAAAGAGAUGCAAGUGUCUUCUUCCUCCCCAAACUUCACAAUGUGGAAGUGCUGUUAUACCAACUGGACAAAUACACGGAGACCACCCAAAAAAUCUGUGAGAUAUUGGAGAAAAGUAUAAGUGAUCCUUACUGGCUGAAGGGCAACAAACCUCUGAUAAACGUCGAUGUUGAUUUGUCUGAAGAUGAAAUACAAGGGAUGCUGUGUCACAUUAAUCAACUUAAUGCAAUCAGGAUGGACCAGAACUUCAGACUGGUGUUCUUGUUCCAGGAUGUGCCAUGCUCUGACUUCAUCAGUAACUUCAAAGAGAGAAACCCCAGAAUGCUAGAGUUUCUAACAGACCUGGAGGAGGUCGCUGUUCAACUAGACAGCAUGAAUAAGGGGGCAAAGAUCUCCAGUGUGGCAGGCAGCUCAGUGGGGGCAAUUGGAGGUAUUCUUUCCAUUGUUGGUUUGGCAUUAAUUCCUGUAACAGCAGGAGUGUCUGUAGGUCUGAUAGCAGGUGGGGCAGCACUGGGAGUGACCAGUGGAGUCAACAGUGUUGUCACCACCGCCACAGAGAUUGGAGUAAACCGUACACAACAAAAUAAAGCUAGUGAAGUCUUUCAGAGUUUCAUGGAGGAUGUUCAGAGUCUCCAGGAAUGUCUGGAGGAGGUCAUGGAUAAAAAAGGCCCUAACUUAGAGGAACGUGCCACAAAUUUGGUAGUUGGAGUUGGCAAGGUGCUCGGUAAAGUUGGUCGUGUUGGAAAAGGUAUUGAUGCGCUUGUUGACGCUGCCUCUGCCUUGAUGAAGAAUGAGAAGGUGACUGUAAAUACUGGCAAGGUGGUCGCUCAGGAAGGCAAAGCAUUGUGCAAUGUGCCCAGGGCGGCCUCAGAUAUCCCAGAUGUCGCUCAGGCAGCAGCCAAAGGGCCUCUUGCUCUUGGUAAGUCAGCCAGAGCAGGGUUCAUUGCACUCAAUGCUCUUUUCGUUGGCGUGGAUGUCUUCUUCAUCUGUAAGGAUGGCUACAGUCUAGCCAAAGGCAGCGAGACUGAAGUUUCAAAGUUCAUCAGAGCCAGAGCUGCACUUUGGAGCUCAGAGAUCGACUCAUGGAAGAAGAUCCAUGACUCCCUGUGCAAAGGUCAGAAGACAUCAGAGGAACACCGAGCCGUCCUGGACAAGACAUUUUAUCCAGAGAGAGCGAUCAAGAAGAAUUAAUUCCUGUGCAAAGUUCUGCCGACAUCAAAGGAAAAACAAGCUGUUCUGGACAAUCCAUCUGAUCCAGAGAAGGUGAUCCUGAAGAAUGAAGACAAAAACGAUGAUGAUGAUGUGAAAACAAUAUAAAAAACAUAAGGUUGUGUAGUGCAGUAAUGCUGAUUGAGAGUCCUGUAUUUGUGGCAACGCUCACAAUGUGCCUUUUCGAAAAUCUAACAGUCUUUAGAUCCAUUUUAUAUA